AUGGUUGUGGUCACGGAUACCAACCGUUCCCCCGUCAUUGGGAUCCUGGCCUGGCUGUUUCUGGUGAUUUCGAUAUUGGCAGGGGCCGCACGCCUCGUGAUCAAAUAUGCCAUCGCCCGGGCGUUCACCAUGGAUGACUACUUGAUCUCCGUGGCGAUGGCGCUCAGUGUGUUACAAACAGCAUGUGUAUCAAUCGCUGCCCGUCAUGGCCUUGGACAGGAACAGAGUGCUUCUUCUCACGGUCAACUGGAGGCCGCGCUGAAGUCCGUGUACGCCGCCGAAAUGCUCUACGUCGCCUGCCUGACAUUCGCGAAGCUGAGCGCUCUGAUGUUCAUGACCUUUCUCAUGCAGCGCACCCGCACGGUUGAAUGGGGACUUGUCGUGUUGAUUAGCGCAUGGGCGGUGGUGGCGGAAUUCGCCGUGGCUUUUCAAUGCGAUCUCCCACGGCCGUGGAGUUGGGUGGACAAUAAGUGUUUCGAUCGGGAGGCGUGGUGGCAAUUUUUCGGGGCCAUGAAUGUCCUCACCGAACUAGCCCUCAUCGUCGUUCCUAGCCUCCUCGUCCUCCAAAUCCAAAUGGCGGUCGCGAGAAAGACCGUGGUCAUUGGCUGUUUCCUCACUCGCCUCCUGGUGGUGGGUGCGAUUGUCACGGAGCUUGUGUACCGCGAUAGAAGCAAGAACGCUCAGGAUCCCAUGCUGGCUGUCUGGGUGGUCACGAUCUGUGCUCAGCUGGUGCAGUGCCUGGCCAUCGUCGCGGCGUGCAUCCCCCAUCUGAAGCCCUUCAUGGAUGGGCUACAGUCCACUGGGCUUCGACUAUACUACCUCCCCGGCGAGCGGUCUCGACGGACGGACUAUGCCUACGGGAGCAAGGAACAGAGUGUCGGGCACGAGCUCAGCGGGCUGGCCGGGGUGGUCAACCGAACCACGGUGUUGGCAGGGCAGCGACAACGGGACUGGGAUGACGCCCUCAGCCAGACCAGCCAAAGCCGGAUUAUUCGCGAGACCAAGACGUGGGUUGUAGAGGAGCAGUAUCAUCCCGAGGCGGCCGUCAGCCGGAUCACGGACAAUGCGUCCAGCGUCAGCCACGGGCUGCCCGAAUCGACGACUAGUACUACCGACUAG